CCAAAUACCGCCAUGAGAUUGCGGGUGAAAUCGAAGCCAUUUAUGGUAGACUGAAACAAAUAGCUGAGGAUACCUCCAUCCUAUAUAAUCUACAGUCUUCUGGUAGUCACCAACCCCAACCCGAAAAACCAAUUGUGCUUGAGAUGACUUCUUUGGAAGUCGAGGAGGCAAUCGUAGGGGGACAAAUCGAAGUAGAUGCCGAUACUCUAAUCAAUGCCAUGCUAGAGGACACCAAACAAAAAUGUCGUAUUUUUGGGAUUGUUGGAAUGGGCGGAAUCGGGAAGUCCACUCUGGCACGUAAAAUAUACAAUGAUGAAAGGAUCAGAGUCAAUUAUCCCAUUCAGAUAUGGUUGUAUAUCUCUAAGAAUUAUUCGGAGACGAAGUUACUCGGAGAGUUAAUUCGGUGCGCAGCUAACAAAUCUGAAGGACGUGAAGCCAAAUCAGAAUCGUUCGAGGGACAAAGCAGAUCAGAAUUGGAACCCAAACUUGCCUCUCUCCUCACCAAAAAUUUAUUUGUCGUGUUGGAUGAUGUCUGGAGUACAAAUUUAUGGAACGAUUUCCUCAGGAAACCACUAAGUAAAGCAGUAGGUAGCAGCACGAUCUUAGUCACCACGAGGAAUGAAACUGUGUUAAAUGGUAUGAGAGCCAGCUAUACCCACUCGGUUGAGAAAAUGGAUGACAAUAGUGGCUGGAUGUUGCUUCGAAAUUUGGUAUUUCGAGCUGGGGAGGAGGAUGACGAGCGUAUGUUGGAAGAAGUAGGCAUGGAAAUUGUUAGAAAAUGUGAUGGCCUUCCCCUUGCUAUCAAAGCUAUUGCAGGGCUUCUUGUUUCUAAUGACAAAAGCAUAGGGAAGUGGAAAGAAGUCCUCGAAAGUGAUGCGUGGAAUAUGAACCAGAUCGACGAUGAAGUACCAGCGGCUUUGAAUUUGAGCUAUGUGGAUUUACCAUCUCAUCUGAAACAAUGUUUUCUGUAUUGUUCUUUGCUCACCCAGAAAAGUGAUUCGUAUUACAAGGAAAUUAUUCGGUUAUGGGUAGCCGAAGGCCUUAUCGCAGAACGAGGAAAUAGGCUGUUGGAAGAUAUAGGAGAGGAAUACUACCAUGAAUUAGUUUGCAGGAAUCUUCUACAAGUGUACCCAGGUACCUUAGGCAGGGAACACUUCUUUAUGCAUGACCACUUUCGAUCUCUGGGUGCAUAUUUAAUGAAGGACGAAGGAAAACUAAUUAGACAUGGUCAAAGAUUAAAUCUAAAAGCCAAUGCAAAGAUCCGUCGGUUGUCAGUGUCUAAAAUGGGGAAUAAAUUGGAACUGCCAGAUCAAAUUAUGGAAGACAAGUGUUUAAGAACCUUAAUUCUCAUUUAUUCCCCUCGAACCAAGAUAAUCGAGGAUAAUGUACUUAGAAAGUUAUCACAUCUUCGAGUGUUGGUUCUGUCUGGUACAUCAAUUAAGAGACUUCCAGAUUGUAUCGGAGAUCUGUUGCAGUUGAGGUAUAUAGAUUUGGAUGAGACAAAUAUUUAUGAGAUACCAGAAUCUAUAGGACGCCUUGCAAACCUCCAAACUCUGAACCUCUAUAAUUGCGCACAUUUGCACAGACUUCCUAACGCGAUCACCAGACUGCACAGUCUACGAUGUCUUGAUAUUGAAAAUGUUCCUCUGACUCAUGUACCCAAGGGAAUCGGAAAACUGAUGGAUCUUAAUCAUCUCGAAGGAUUUGUGAUCGGCCACAAUGAUCCAACGAACGAGUUGCAUGAGGAGGGAUGUGACCUAGAGGAGCUGCAAGCUCUUUCUAAGCUCAGAUGUCUGAGAAUAUAUGGGCUAGAGAGGGCAGUAACAGGGGUCUCGGUACUUGCGGACAAAACUCUUCUCAAGGAGCUGACUUUAUGUUGGAUGCCUCCAAAAGAAGAUGACGAUGAUGAGGAAGACGAUGGUGAUGGUGAUGGAGAUGAUAGCAACUGUGAGAAAGAUGAUGAUGAUGAGGAGGAGGAGGAAGAAAAUAAGGAGGAUAACAGAGAUAAGGAUGAGGGCCAAGAAGUGACAUGGAAUGAGAAGGAAUUCCAAGCAGUUGAGAAGGUAUGCGAUGAACUCUCUCCCCCAUCCAGCCUGCAAGAUCUUACCAUUCGACGAUUCCCCGGUCGGCAACUCCCGUGCUGGUUGAUGUCAACCUCACUAGACAAAUCCUUCCCUAAUCUGGCAUAUUUGAGGUUUUGGGACCUAAAAUCAUGCACGGAACUGCCUCCUCUAGGCAUGUUGCCCCUUCUGAAACAUCUUGACAUCACCGGCGGUGAAGCCAUCAAAACCAUUGGGCCUGAGUUUCUGGGCCGCAAGUUCCCUGGAGCUUCCGCAUUUCCAAAACUUGAACAUUUGGAGUUUGACGAAAUGCCCAACUGGGAAGAAUGGUCAGUAUGGAGGAUGGAAGAAAAUGGUCAGGGACCGCACCUCAAGCUCUUUCCUAAUCUGAAGAUAUGCAAGAUCAUAGAGUGUCCGAAACUGAGAGCUCUUCCAGAAGGCCUAUCCCAUGCUACCAAGUUGAAGGAAUUGUAUCUUGAUAGUACUCAAGACUUGAGAGAAAUCACAAACCUCCGGUUGAAUUACAAGCUCGAGGUCAAAGAUAACACGAUGUUGAAUAGAAUAUCCAACCUUUCCAUGAAGUAUCUGAAGGUGGAAGAUUGUCCGAAUCUGGAGUACGUGGAGAAUCUCGACAGGUUGCAACAGCUGGUCCUGAUAUGUCCACGACAAAUGAAGCAACUUCCGCAGUGGCUAUCAACCCUAAUUCAACAGCGCCAAAGCAUUCCUUCCGCUCAGUGGAGCUUCAGAAAACUGGAACUGCAAUGCAACAUCGUGCUGCUGAAGAGCUGUCUCGAGGGCAACGAGAAUUGGCAUAUCAUUCAACAGAUUCCAGAUGUCAUAAUUCAAACCUAUUCCAGGAAAAAGUAUAUUCGAUAUAGCAGGCAUCCACCCAUGUACGAUGCAAAAGUAUGAUGAAUUCGUCGUUCCGGAUCAAUAAAAGGCCUCUGCCUGGUUAUUCUACUUAUAGAUAUCUUGUGAAUAAAGAAGCUAUUUGGAGCAGGGAUUCGAUGAUGUCGUCCUACUAUCAAGACUGUAUGCUUGUUUGUUUCCUUCUACGUUACUUAUUUGUGUAUUUGCACCUACGCAAUAAUUUAUCUUUCCAAAAGAAUUUAGAACAAAUGAUGUGGUCAUGUAAAUAGUAUGAAGGCGUUGUCCGUAGGCAGUAUAGGUCAGCACGAAGAUGUUGUCACUGAUCCAUAUACGGAGAUGGCACAGGGAGAUGAUUGACAAGAACCUACGGGCAAAUUUACAUGGCUCAUCUUCUCGAUGUUUCUCUCCUUCAAAUGCUUCCUUUGGCAGGUCAUAAAAGACUGAAUCCAUAGCUAGGUUCUCCUUCAACGUGAAGGCUGCUGCAUCCUCUUCGAGGCUAAAAACGAAUCCAAAAGACAUCUACUCGGUCAUUGCGGCUACAACUUCUCAGCAUUCUUCACUUUCCGUUCUUCCAUCUUUGUGGAGCCUCCCGGACAUAUAUGGGGAGUUAUUUGCAUGCAUGAAGACUUUAGCAGAACGGUGCGAGAGAGCCCGUGUGUACACACAAGAUGGAGCUACAUUGGAUGUUGCAUGACCUCUAGUUUGAUGUGUGUUCAGAUUGUUCCUUGUCAUAUUUGAUCAGAAUAAUAUAUUUUAUUAGAAGCUUUUGCAUCGUCGCCUCUUACGACUGUCGUUGACAGGUUCGAGAGAAUGAGUACUGCUUGUACGAGUUUGUGUCCAUUGUGUAACAACACUCUAUUUAUUGGGUUGGUAUUAUUAUUUUUC